AUGUUUGGCACGAAAACCGUGCUGUUGAUCUCGGUGCUGAAUUUCGUGAGCCAAGGGCCCGAUUUCCUCGAUUUGGCGGUGAUUUACGCACUGAUCAACUUCAUUGGUGUGGUUGCCGUGUUGAAAUUCGUCCGGCAGGUGAAGCAUGAAGCGAUGGCCACACUGAUCGAACUUGCUUGCGACGCGGUGAGCUGGGUGCUGCUGGCCGGCGGGUGCUUCUUCUGCAUUACUGGCGGCAUCGGGCUGAUUCGCCUCCCUGAUGUUUAUUGCCGGUCGCACGCUGCGGGGCUCACCGACACGCUGGGAGCGGGUUUGAUUCUGGUGGGGUUGAUGUUCCAGGCCACCAGUUUCAUGGUCAUCGUGAAGUUGUUCUUCAUUCUCUCGUUUCUCAUGGUCACAUCCCCCACGGGAACUCAUGCCUUGAUGCGGGCGGCGUAUUCGCACGGGCAUCAACCUUUGGUCGAGAGGUGUAUCAUCGGCCUAGUCGAUAUUCUGCUGAUGACACUACUGAUGGCCGUCGCCCUGGCGAUCAUCGUGCUACGCGAUCUGUUCGCCACGGUCAUGCUCUCGGGCAUCUUUAGCCUGAUUUCCGCCGGUUUGUUCACGGUGAUGGACGCGGUGGAUGUAGCGUUCACCGAGGCAGCCGUGGGGGCUGGUAUUUCGACGGUGCUUAUGCUGGGGGCCCUGUUGCUCACCAGUAGUCGCGAAAAACACGGCAGAAGUCGCCUCCAGCCAGUUCCGCUGUUCGUGGUGCUGGUCACCGGCGCUGCGUUGAUCUAUGGCACGCUGGACAUGCCCCUGUACGGAGACGCGGACGCCCCCAUUCAUCAACAUGUCGGCAAGACCUAUCUGGAGCGGACGCCACACGAUGUCGGGAUUCCGAAUGUCGUAACCGCCGUGCUGGCCAGCUACCGAGGCUACGACACCCUGGGCGAGACCACCGUGGUGUUCAUCGCCGGGACUGGGGUUUUGUUGCUCCUGAAGCGUCCCGGGACCUCAAAGGAGAUCUUGAUUCCCUACAUUUUGCUGUUCGCGCUGUACGUGCAAUUCCACGGCGAUUUCAGCCCUGGGGGUGGAUUUCAAGCGGGCGUGAUUUUCGCCACGGGAAUCAUCCUUUACACGCUCAUCUUUGGACUCGAUCGCGCGUUCCAGACGUUCAGCCCUCGCAUGUUCGAGAUAUUUCUGGCCUUAGGAGUCUGCAUCUAUGGUGGUGUGGGCCUCGUGGCGUGUGGGGCUAACGGUUACCUCCGCGAUGGUUUCGAUCUUCUUCGCGUUCCUGAAUCGGGGCCGCUUAUGAAUAUCGAACCGGAACUUUACAACUACUGGGUGGUGGUUGUGCUGAUGAUGGCCGGCUUCUACACGGUCAUCUCACGCGGCAACCUCAUCAAGCGGCUCAUCGGGCUGAACGUGUUUCAGGUCUCGGUGUUCAUGCUGUACAUCAGCAUGGGGAAGGUGGAUGGCGGGGUUGCCCCGAUCUUGAUCGAGCCCAUGCCGGCCCAUGGGCCUGGGGCACACGGGGCCGAAGACCAUCAUGCAGACAAUGAAUCGCAUGCCGCAUCGAACUCACACCACGACGAUGGCGACGAUCACUCAUCAGAUGAUCAGCCACCCUCGGAAUUCAUCACCGAUGCGAAAAUCGCAAAGCGGCUAGCUUCGGGCGCGACUCCUGACCAGGAAGAUAGCUUGGUCACGGGCGAGCAUCCGCCUGAGGGUCGAGAGGGCACCAUUUAUUCGAAUCCGCUUCCUCACGUGUUGAUUCUUACGGCGAUUGUCGUGGGCGUGGCGACCACUUCCCUGGGCCUGGCCCUGGUGGUUCGCAUCAACGAGGCCUACGGAACGAUCGAGGAAGAUGAGAUCCAGAGAAUUGUCUACGAAGUCGACCCGUUGGCGGCCAUCGUGCUGUUGAUCGUCACCACGGUCGCAUCGCUGGUGAUGCCCUUCGCGCCGCGGAUUCUUGAGACCGAGGUAACGAAGGAAAAGCAUUACCUGUUUUAUGCUGCAUUUCUGCUGUGCAUGACCGGCCUGCUGGGCAUGACGAUCACCGGCGACAUCUUCAAUGUGUUCGUGUUCCUGGAAAUCUCGUCUCUGUCGAGCUAUUCGCUCAUCAGCAUGGGCACGCGGCGAAGUGCGUUGAUGGCUUCGUACCGAUACCUGGUGAUGGGCACGAUUGGCAGCACGUUCUUGCUGAUCGGUAUCGGGCUGGCUUACAUGAUGACCGGCACGCUGAAUAUGGUCGACUUGUCGGAACGGUUGCCGGCGGUCGAGUCUUCGCGGACCAUCCGGACCGCAUUUGCGUUUCUCACGGUGGGAAUCAGUAUCAAGCUGGCGCUGUUCCCCCUGCACGUGUGGCUACCGAACGCCUACGCUUACGCCCCCUCGGUGGUAACGGCUUUCCUGGCGGCCACCGCGACGAAAGUGUCUUGCUACCUGCUGCUUCGCGUCAUCUUCACCGUGUUUGGGGUGGAGUUCGCGUUCGGUGCCAUGCAGCUCGAUGCGGUGCUGGUUCCAUUGGCGCUGGUGGCGAUCUUCGUUGCCUCGACGGUGGCUAUCUACCAAACCGAUGUGAAACGGCUGCUGGCCUACUCCAGCGUGGCCCAAAUUGGCUACCUCGUUCUCGGGCUCAGCUUUGCUUCGAUCACCGGAAUUACGGCCUGCGUGGUGCACAUGUUCAACCACGCCAUGAUGAAGGGCACGUUGUUCCUGGUGAUGGGCUGCAUCGUAAUGCGGCUGGGCUCGGUUGACUUGGCUGACAUGAAGGGCCUGGGAAAGCGAAUGCCCUGGGUGAUGGCGUUGUUUGUGAUUGGUGGGCUGAACCUGAUCGGGGUGCCGCUGACGUCGGGGUUCAUCAGCAAGUGGUAUCUGAUCAAAGCGGCCUUGGAAAAAGAUAUGUGGUUCGUGGCGUUCGCCGCCCUGGUUAGUUCGCUGCUGGCGUUUGUUUACAUCCUUAGGGUCGUCGAAGUGGCCUACUUCCAACAGCCCGACGAAGGGGAAGACAGCGAGCCGGUGAAAGCCUUACCGCUAAGCAUGCUGGUACCGACCUCGAUUAUGGCCGGAGCCACGCUGGUGUUCGGCGUGUAUCCGGAACUGCCGGUUUCGGUGGCCCAACGAGCCGUAACGCUGAUGACCGGCGGUGCGCUGCUGGCGAUUGUGAUCACACUGCUGGGCCCGGCCGCCGCGGGCGAAGAGCCCCAGGUCGACCUGGUGAUGGCCCUGCCGAACCUGCCGAUCGGGUUCAAGCUCGAGCCGCUUGGAAUGUUGUUCUCGCUGGUGGCUUCGGGGCUGUGGAUCGUGACUUCGUUCUACUCCAUUGGCUACAUGCGCGGACACGGUGAGAAGAACCAAACACGGUUCUACACCUGCUUCGCCAUCGCGAUCGCUGCUGCCCAGGGAAUUGCGUUCGCGAGGAACGUGUUCACGCUGUUCAUCUUCUACGAAGUGCUCACGUUCAGCACUUUCCCGUUGGUUACGCACAAUGGCGACGCUGCCGCGAAACGGGCGGGGCGGAUCUACUUGGGCAUCCUCCUAUCAACUUCGGUGGCGUUUCUGCUACUGGCCACGAUUUGGACGUGGCAGAUUGCUGGCACCUUGGAGUUCACCCCUGGGGGAAUUUUGGGCGGGAAGGUCGAAGGCCCCAUGGUGGGGAUUUUGCUGGGGCUUUAUGCCUUUGGUUCGGGGAAGGCGGCCCUGAUGCCGUUUCACCGCUGGCUGCCGGCGGCGAUGGUCGCGCCCACACCGGUCAGCGCGUUGUUGCAUGCGGUGGCGGUGGUGAAGGCCGGCGUGUUUUCGAUCACCAAGAUCGUGGUCUACAUCUUCGGGCUCGAGCUGCUGCAAAAAUCGGGCAUGAACCUGUGGCUGUGCUACGUGGCGGCGUUCACGCUGCUGGCCGGCUCGUUGAUUGCCAUUACGAAAGACAAUUUGAAGGAGCGGUUGGCCUAUUCCACCAUCAGCCAGCUUUCUUACAUCGUGCUGGGAGCCGCCUUGGCGAACUCCUGGGGCGUGUUGGGGGCCGGAAUGCAUGUGGCGAUGCACGCGGUGGGCAAGAUCACAUUGUUCCUCUGCGCGGGUGCGAUUUAUGUGGCGACGCAUAAAACGCUGGUCAGUCAGCUCGACGGACUGGGACGACGGAUGCCCUUCACGAUGGGGGCGUUUGGUGUGGGGGCGAUCUGCGUGAUUGGCUUGCCACCGAUGGGCGGAUCGUGGAGCAAAUGGUUUCUGGCCUUGGGCGCCGCCGAGGCAGGGCAAGUGUGGCUCAUUGCGGCGCUGAUGAUCAGUACGCUGUUGAACAUCGCCUACUUGAUGCCGAUUGCAGCCCGGGCGUUCUUCGUGCCGACGGCCACUGCUCCCGACGAUCACUACGCCGAGGAGACUGGCGAGAGCGGGAUUCGGGAAGCGCCCAUCUUUUGUGUGGUACCGCUGUGCGUUACCGCAUUGGGUCGCGCCAUGAACGACCCCAGUUCCGAUUCCGAACAAGAUCGAGUGAACGGCGAGCCCAAGUGGUGGCUCGACGACCCGGCGAAUGUCACACGGGUUUGUUACGCCCUCUUCGGCGCGUGCGUGUUGACCCUGAUAGCGGGGCUGUUUGUGCAUCGCAUCAUUCUGAUGGCGGGAGCGCUGCUGCUUCCGUUUGUGCCCGGGCGAGGGCGGGGGGUCGCGCUGGUGUUGUUCGCAGCGCUGAGCCUGCUGCAGAUGCUGGGAAUGGAAGCCGGGGUGUGGUGCCAGAUCGAUGUGUUCGGCUACGAGCUAACGCUCGGUCGGGCCGACAAGCUGAGCAUGGCCUUUGGGUAUGUGUUCCACAUAGCCGCAUUGCUGGGGGCGAUCUAUGCGCUGCACGUGCGCGAUGGCGUACAGUGUGUGGCCGCAGGGAUUUAUGCCGGCUCGGCCAUUGGGGCAUUGUUUGCCGGCGACUUGGCAACGUUAUUCGUCUAUUGGGAAAUCACGGCCGUCUCGUCGGUGUUCUUGGUGUGGGCCAGCCGGACCGAGCAGUCUUACGCCGCGGGGAUGCGAUACCUGAUUAUUCAGGUGGGCUCGGGCGUGUUGCUGCUGGCGGGCUGCUUGAUGUACUACGCCGACACCGGAUCGCUGGCCUUCGAGCGGAUGACGCUCGAUGUCGAACGACCGGCCACGGUGCUGAUCUUUUUGGCCUUCGGCAUCAAAUGCGCGUUCCCGCUGCUGCAUAACUGGCUGCAAGAUGCUUAUCCCAAGGCCACUGUGACCGGCACGGUGUUCUUGAGCGCCUUCACGACGAAGCUGGCUAUUUACUCACUUGCCCGUGGGUUUCCCGGCACCUCGGAACUGAUUGUGCUGGGGGUGAUCAUGACGCUGUUCCCGAUCUUCUUUGCGGUGAUCGAGAACGAUCUGCGGAAGGUGCUGGCGUACAGCCUCAACAACCAGCUUGGCUUCAUGGUAGUGGGCGUGGGGAUCGGGACCGAGUUGGCGCUGAAUGGCACGGUGGCCCAUGCCUUUUGUCAUAUUCUCUACAAGUCGCUGCUGUUCAUGGCGAUGGGAGCCGUGCUGUUCCGCACCGGCACGAUCAAGGCCACACAGCUUGGUGGGCUGUACAAGUCGAUGCCGAUCACCACGGUGUGUUGCAUCAUUGGGGCGGCCUCGAUUGCGGGCUUCCCCUUGUUCAGCGGGUUCGUGAGCAAAUCGAUGAUUCUGACGUCGGCGGCGAACCAGCAUUACCUGUACAUCUGGUUGGGGCUGAUGGUGGCUUCGGCCGGUGUGAUGGAACACUCGGGAAUCAAGAUUCCGUUCUUCGCCUUCUUCGGGCACGACUCGGGGAUUCGCUGCGAAGAGGCCCCUCGUCACAUGCUGAUUGCGAUGAUUGCCACGGCGGCCUUCUGCGUGGUGUUGGGUUGCUACCCAGCCCCGCUAUACGCGUUGUUGCCUUACGAGGUUGAAUAUCAUCCCUACACCGGCGAGCACGUGGUGAUGCAGCUGCAGUUGCUGCUGUUUGCCGCGUUGUCGUUCGUCGUGCUGUUCCGUACGGGGAUUUACCCGCCGGAAGUGGCCUCGACGAACCUCGACUUCGACUGGUUCUAUCGCAAGCCGCUGCCGGCGGUGGUGGCCUUCACCUAUCGCGUGGUGGGGGCGACCCGUGCGGCUCUGGCCGGCGUGGGAGUGGCGAUUGUGAAGCGGUUGCUGGACGAGACACGCGUUGUUGUGGGCCCCAAGGGUAUGUUUGGUGGGCAUCUCACCACUGGAACAAUGGUGCUGUGGGAGCAGAAUCGUGGUCUGUCUGGGGUAGCCGCCUGCGACGAUGUGGUCAUUGCCAAACGAAGGGAUUGUGACGAGCGGCGGAAAAGCCAUAUCAGCCCAGCUAAUCACGAACGACCCAAGAGAUUCCGAAACACCGGCCAGGGGGACCCCAAGAUGAAACGAUUCACGAAAAUUGCAGCCGCUGCGGUGGUGGUGUGCGGUGCGAUGAUGUUCGCCACGACCCAAGAAGCUGAAGCUGGCGGACGAAUCGUGUAUUCGUACCCGCCGCCGUUCUACGUGGCCCCGCCCGUGGUUGUUGCCCCACCGGUUGUGGUGGCUCGCCCAGUGGUAGUUCCGCCAGUCGUGCGUCCGCGAGUGAUCUAUCGCCGCCCAUUCGUACGACCGUUCGGCCCUCGCGUCUACUUCUAUUAA